AUCUUCGGCGGAAAAAGCAGUCCACUUUUGCGACGCGACCCCAUAAUAGUUUGGUCUCCUUCUCUCUUACUCCCUGAUAACAACGGAGCUGACAUCACCAACAUGGCGGUACGCAUGGCGUCCGAGUGUAGGACUAGUAUACGCACGGUACACGGGGAUGGAAGCUUUAUACAAAAUUAAAAAUAGCGUACAUCACAAAAACUUUUUUUGGCAUCAGUGUGUUUUAGGCAAUUUGACAAUAUAGUUCAAAAGUGCCUAUAUCAGUCCUACACUAGGACGGCAUAUGCACCACCAUGAUGGUGACAUCAGCAAUGCUGUUAUCUUGCCAAUAGAAUAGAAGACAGACUCUUAAUUAAUUACUUAUUUACAUUUUACCUAAAGUAGCAGUGCACUGCAGACAGUGACACAGUGGCAGUGCAAGCAUAAAGCGCUGCAGAGAAUAAUGUCUCUACAAGAUCAAAAUUAUCAAAAAACAUCACAUCGAAAUGAUUUUCUCUCCAGAUAUCAUAUAAUAUCUAAUAAGCUUAAAAAACGAUUUCUUCGAAAGCCAAAUGUGUCUGAAGCUUCUGAGCAGUUUGAGGCUUUGGCAGUCAGUUUCGAACAAAAAGAACUUGAUCAAUAUGCUGGCUGGUGUUGGCUAGCAGCAGCUAGGUGCCAAGCUACACUGGAAAAUCAAAUUUCUGAGAUAAACCUUCUUGCUAGAGCAGGAUGUCAGUUUAUUAUUGCAAAUAAGAAAAACAAGGAUAUUGGGUGUCUUUCUAUAAAUAAAGAAGAUUUACAAGCAGCUAUAAAUGCUCUUAAUCAUGCAUUGACAAGGUGUAACAAUCAACAAGGUUUUGAAGUUCUGUCUUCAGGAUUGGCAAUGAAAUUGUCUAUGAACCUUGGAGCUAACUCAGAAGGAAUUGAGUACAUCCGAAAGGCAGCGCACUCAAAUCCUUCUGUACAGGCAAUAAAUAUUCUUGUUAGUUAUUAUAUAAAACAAGGUGACUAUGUAUCCGCAUUGCAAGUUCUCACAGAAUUGGUAGAAAUGAUAGAGAAUCACCUUGGCUCCAGAGCGAUAAGCAAUUAUAAGAAUGUGUUGCAUAAAUGUGAAAUCAGUAGAGUAUUGCUACUCUUGAUUCUGCAACCAACGCCUCAAAGGUUGGCACCUUCACUAGUUCAACUAUUAGAAAAAUAUGCUUGGGCCGAGGACAGUCCUGUACCCAACAUGAUGGAAGAUGAAAUGUUGCUUCUUCAGUCUCUUGUGCUUGCUUGUCAAUCCCAUGAUUAUGAGGCUUUGUUGGCACUUGAGAGUGAAUUGUGGCCAUUCUUCGACUCAGAACAGAAAGAAUUACUGCAAAGCCUUGUUCAAACAUUUAGUAAAGCGUGAAAAGAGCCAACGCACACGUUUGCAACGCAAGCUGCGAGACGAGUCAGAGAUAUGAGUCCGCGCAGAGCCGUACUACGAUGCAUAGCAUGCGCUUGCAUCGUAGACGUUAACUCAUUGGUUAGAGCUCCCGCUUGUCAAUUUCGAGGUCUCAAGCCCGCGUCUACUUUUCUUUGCUUUCCAACUCGCCUUCUCUUCGUCCGUUACGCUUGGGAUCUCUUACGGAGAAGAUCGCCGGUUUAGAACCCGGCAAAAAUAGAUCUCCUCAAACGAAACCUCAAACCUACUACAGAUUCCUACCUGUGACGUCGCGCAAAUCCCUAGGCGAUGUCUGGGAGUAUAAAAUAUACUAAUCGCGGUUUAUUUGAACGAACAUUGAAAUACUCUCUACAAUCGCGAAAUGGUUUCAAGAUGAUGAAUAGAAUAGAACACAGUGUUUGUAGUUAAACCAGUUUUAAGGACGUAUAUUGUCUCAAAAAACCUAAUUGCAAGAAUCUACUAAUUAUCUAACUCUAAUGCUAAGCUGAUAAUUCUACCCUGUUAAAAAUAGUCAAUAGAGAUCAAUUAAAUUAUUAAUUGAAUUCUAAACUAUAUCUGAAUCCCAUUUAUUGCAUAAAAACUCUAUUAAAAUAGAUAAAAUCAAUAGGAAUCUAUAGGAAUCGAUAAAAUUCUAUACAAAAAAGGACUAGUAAAGUUAAUAGAAACCAAUGUUUGGUAUUAACUAUCGACUCCAAUUCUUGUUUUUCGUAUUAAAAUCUAUUGACUCUGGUUGAAUCUAAUCGAUUUUAAUCGAGUCCUUAUACAAAAAAUGGUAUUCAGAAUUAGCAUAAGAUUUGUGCUCUAUUUUCCAAACGGCUGAGUGAUCAAGAAUACAGAAAUGCUUUCCCGGCUGAAAAUAAUCAUAUGAGAAUCAUAUGAGCACUCAUAUGAGGAUCAUAUUAUAAUCGUAUGAGAAUCAUAUCAGCACUCGUAUGAGAAUCAUAUGAUACUUUCGACCGAAUUCUCAUAUGAUAUACCGCAAGUUUUCAUAAAAAUUGAUUAUUUUACUUAUUUCUACCGCGCUCUGACGCUUAUUAGAUUUCUUUUUUAGUACUACUGCUUUGUUAGCUGCUUUUAGAAUUUAUUUUUGAAUAAAUAUUGCCGUGGAAAAAACUCAGACUCGCGGAGAUUUGAGAACCCGGGAUCUUCUGAUUAUGAAGCAAGCGUUCUACCACUGAGCCAUCGUGGUCUUUGAUAUCUUUAGAUUAAAAUCGUCCUUACAACUUACACGUCCUUGUAUGUUCUAUUUAUUAUUACUCGAUUACAAUUAAUUAGUUUAUUUACAAAUAAUUAGUUUACUUCUUAGAUUACAACUUAUUAGUUUAUUCUAUUAAAACAUAUUAAAUGAAAUCGAGUAAUAAUAAAUAGAACAUACAAGGACGUGUAAGUUGUAAGGACAAUUUGAAUCUAAAGAUAUCAAAGACCAUGAUGGCUCAGUGGUAGAACGCUUGCUUCAUAAUCAGAAGAUCCCGGGUUCAAAUUUCCGCGAGUCCGAGUUUUUUUCACAGUAAAAUUAAUUCAAAAAUAAAUUCUAAUAGCAGCUAACAAAGCAGUACUCAGUAGUAUUAAAAAAGAAAUCUAAUAAGUGUCAGAGCGCGGUAGAAAUAAGUAGUUAGAUAAUCAAUUUUUAUGAAAACUUGCGGUAUAUCAUAUGAGAAUCAUAUGAUCCUCAUAUGAGUGUUCAUAUGAUUCUCAUAUGAUUAUUUCCAGCCAGGUUUGUACUUUCUCUAAAGAUUUUAUAAGAUGUGUAUAAAAUAUACUCGAUUUUAUUAAUAAGAGUUUGAAUUACGCGCUUAUAUUCAAUCACGUGAUUACGGCACACGGCUCUGGACUAUGUGUGACGAAACUUUUGGUUAUCACGUCAACGAGGACUAGUAGUACAUUAGGUAUGCUCUGAAUAUUCCUCUUCUAACAUACCGAAUAGGAUGCCACCAUUAAAACCGCGGAUAACUCGCGACUCUCACACUAGGCAUGACGCGUGAAAUUCAAAACGCACAGUAUAAAAACGCCGAAACUCGAAAACUCGGGAAGCAUUAGAAAACCGUAGAAUGUAGGAUUAUCACUCGUCUCUCAGGAGGCUAUAGAACAAUAAAAGCGUGGCUACACGGCGACAAGCAUAAGCAGCCAUAAAAUAGAGACCCAAGCCGAGCACUAAUGACGGUCUGGGGAAACCCAACGGCGAGGAGAGGGCAGCAGCCCAGCAGCACAGCAGAGCCAGGUUAACGCGCGCGUUCGCCGCCGGCUUUGCGACGGACCUUUCUAUCACUCCAGCCACACACGCGCGCCCUCCCUUAGGGCCCAAAACGCCAUCAAGGAGGGAGAAACCGAGAGGAGAUGCUUCAGAACUAAAGAAGAUCAAGCAGACCACUCCGAGACGCGCUCUGAUCCACACCACUGUUUAUUUGUAACCUACAGCCGAAUAAACACAAGAUCUAGUACAUUAUUCUAA